AUGGCGAACAACCAGUCUGUCCAAGAAAAAUUCAGCGAAGCAGACAUUCUUCGUGCAACAAGUUACCACCGCCGAGACUUCGAGUUGGCGGUAAUUAGUAUCAGACCCUCUGAAAUCGAGAAACUUCUACCUGGCAUCAGGGAUGCAUUCAACCGCCCAUUUAAUCCAGCGAAGCCCGGCCUUCUGGACCACCUGCCGGUCGAAAUCUUCCACAAAUGUCUCCUGGGCCUGGACCUCAAGACUCUCUUUGGGCUUCGCCAAGUCAACGCCCGUACCCGCGACAUCGUCAGUACCUUCAAACCUUACCAGAAAGCCAUGAUGUACGCCCAAGAUCUCGUAUGUGCACUCCUCCGCACCGGUCUAGCAAAAUGGUACACCUUGGACGACAUCUUCGACGUCCUCCACAUACGCGAGUGCACGAUCUGCGGCGCCGACUUCGGCGGAUUCGUCUUACUUCUCCCUCCCAACCUAACCAGAUGUUGCUUUUCAUGUGUCCGCACGAAAUCCGGAGUUGGCCAACACGUCAUUGACCCGACCACUCGCCGCUUCCACUUCGAGCGCGAUUACGAGCUAAUCACCCUCUCCGAGGCUCACAAUCUCUAUGGAGUGAGCCCAGCAGUUCUGCGCCGCGAAAACGUGCCCAUCUUGAAAUCACUCCCCGGGGUGUAUGGCAUGAAAGAAACGGAGCGCAAAAUGCGCCACUCGCUUGUGCACGAUAAAGCGGUCCGCGAGCUCAGCACUAACCACAAACGCGGCCUUCCCUGGUCGGAUACGUCUCGCCGCAGUGGGGAGAUGUUCCUGCGAUGGUGCAUGGCUACUAUUGCACUGCCUUGGGUGGAUCCGGAGACUGGGGAGAUUGAUCGUGGGGUCUCGUGCAGGGGCUGUCAAUGGCGGUUUGAGCAGGUAUCGUCUGACGAGAGAAGUUUCGGAUCUUUGUCUGCGUCCAGAGAUAAGGUAUACUCGGAGUCUUCGUUUCUGGUGCACUUUUGGGGUUGUAAACAUGCGAAGAAGCUUUGGGAGGAGAGUAAGAAGGGGGCGGUGGUGGUGGGGGAUUCGGAGUUUGUGCGUCGCGGAGGAUUUAUCAAGGACCGGAAAGAUGAUAUUGCCUUGGAGGUGGUUGCUAGGAAGAGACCUAGAUCUACGGUUGGCCAAAUAGGCAGCGAAGCUGAGGAGUUCUACUGGAUUCUGAAUUCUAACGGCACUUUGACGCCGUCUUGGUCGCUGUCGAGGAAUCGGCCGUUCGUGAAUGCUGGAUUCGAGUCGAGGGAGCGUGGUUGA